UUGUUAACAGUGUUUCUCUAGUUUCUAACUGCUCUUGAAUUGAAUAAGUUUAACUUGUGCUCCCUAAAUUAAUUCGUGUAGUUAAUACGUUGAAAUUUGCUACGUAUGACAAUUUAGUGUGAAAUUUAAAUCGUCUCGAAAUUCAAUGGAAUCUCCAGCCGUCGAAUUCAAUGACGAAGCUAAAUUUGCUGUUAAAGAUGGCGAAGUUAAAACAGACCACGUAAUGAACGGACUAUCUAACGGUAUUAACAAUAAAUCUGACAGUCAUCACAAGCAUAAGCAUAAGGACAAAGAUAAAGAUAAAGAUAAGCAUCAUGACAGACAUAAGCAUAAAGAUAAGGACAAAGACAGGGAUAGGGAGAAGCACUCAAGUAGUAAAGACAAGAGCAGUAAAGAAAGCUCAGAGAGGAAGCAUAAGGAUGAAAGAAGAGAUAAGGAUCGAGACCGUGAAAAAGAAAAAAGCAAAGAGCAUCGUGACAGAGAUCACCACAGCAGUAGCAAACAUCGCGAAUCCGGAGAUAAAGUAAAAGACAAGGAUAACGCCGAGAAGAAUAAGGAGAACCGUGACAAAGAACACAAGGAUAAAAGUAAAAAUCAUUCGGAUAAGCACAGAAGCCACGAUAGUAGUAAAUCUAAAGAACAUCGCAGCUCUACUUCAGGAAGUAGUUCUAGCAAAAGUCAUUCGUCGUCCUCCUCGUCGAAGGAUAAACAUCAUAGUAGCAGCAGCAGUAGCAAAGAUAAACACUCUUCCGAUAAACAUAAAGAUCGUCAUUCUACUUCAUCGUCCGACAAGCAUAGUAGUAAGCAUAGCUCGGAUAAAAAAAGCUCUAGCGAUAAAGACCGGUCGGCCGAUAAAUCAGAUAAACAUAAAGAUAGGCACGAAUCUGAUAAGAAACCAAAAGAAAACGAAGAAAAGAAAAUUAAAACCGAGCCGGAAGUCGAAAUCAAAAAAGAAAUCCAAAAUGAUAGUUGGAACGAAGAAAUUUUCGUCAAGCAAAAGCAGUCCAUGAGCAACAACCAAGUUAAACAAGAAGUGAAAUCCGAACCCGAAGAAGAUGAAGAGGAAUUCGAAGAAAGCCAAGGAGAAGAUACCGAAGAUCAAUCUGACAGAAAUUACGAAUCUUCCCUGAAAAGCGAAGCAGAUUCCGAAGACGAUGUUCCUCUGGCGCAAAGAUCAUCGAUUCCAUCUAAACGUAAAAGUUACGUAAGUGAUGAUGACGAAGACGAUGUACCUCUCAGCGCUCGUAAGAAAGUUAAGAAAGAAGCUAAGCCUGAAAAACCCAAGAAACGCAAGAAAGACGUGUACAGCGACGACGAAUCCGAAGAUGACCGUAAAAAGAAAAAAUCGCAAGCGUCGAAGAGUAAAGUGAAAAAAGAACCGAAAUCAGAACCGAAACAAACCACGUCUCCGACUAAAAAGAAAAAGAAGGACGAAGAGGAGGAAACAGUCUGGAAAUGGUGGGAAGAAGAAAAGAAAGAAGAUGGCGUGAAAUGGCGUUACCUCGAACACAAAGGACCGUUAUUCGCUCCAGCUUACGAACGUUUGCCGAGAAAAGUGAAAUUCUAUUACGAUGGUAAAGCGAUGGAAUUGUCUCAAGACGCCGAGGAAAUUGCCACCUUCUAUGCGCCUCUGAUCGAUCACGAUUACUCGACCAAGGAACAAUUUAACAAGAAUUUCUUCAAAGAUUGGCGUAAAUCUAUGACCAAGGAGGAGAAAGAAAUUAUCACCGAUUUGAAGAAAUGUAAUUUCCGCGAAAUACAAGAACAUUUCAAACAAAAAUCGGAAGAACGUAAAGCGAUGAGUAAAGAAGAGAAGCUGAAACGUAAAGAAGAAAACGAAGCUAUUACGCUAGAAUACGGUUUCUGCACCAUCGACGGUCAUAAGGAGAAAAUUGGUAACUUUAAAAUCGAACCUCCUGGUUUGUUCCGUGGUCGUGGAGAGCAUCCUAAGAUGGGCAUGUUGAAAAAACGAGUCCAACCCGAAGAUGUUAUCAUCAAUUGCAGCAAGGAUGCCAAAGUACCCAAACCCCCAGAGGGGCGUAAGUGGAAGGAAGUCAGACACGACAAUAGCGUUACUUGGUUAGCCAGUUGGAUUGAAAACGUACAAGGUCAGGUCAAAUACGUCAUGUUGAAUCCGUCUUCGAAACUGAAAGGAGAAAAGGAUUGGCAGAAGUACGAAACCGCUCGUAAAUUAGCCAAGUGUGUGGAUAAAAUCCGGCAAGAUUAUCGCGAAGAUUGGAAAUCCAAAGAAAUGAGGAUAAGACAACGAGCGGUAGCCAUGUAUUUUAUUGACAAGCUUGCCUUGAGAGCUGGUAACGAAAAAGACGAAGAUCAAGCUGACACUGUAGGUUGUUGUUCGUUACGUGUCGAACAUAUCCAACUGCACGAUGAACUUAACGAUAAAGAGAACGUGGUAGUGUUCGACUUCUUGGGUAAAGAUUCAAUUCGUUACUAUAACGAAGUUCCCGUCGAUAAGAGAGUCUUUAAGAAUUUAAAAUUAUUCUGCGAAAACAAGAAAGAAGGCGACGAAUUGUUCGAUAGGUUAAAUACUGGCAUAUUAAACAAACAUUUGAACGAAUUAAUGGAAGGCCUGACUGCCAAAGUAUUCAGGACAUAUAACGCCUCGAUUACGUUACAAAAUCAAUUACGUGAGCUCACCGAUCCUAAUGCCAGCGUUGCCGAAAAACUUCUACAAUACAAUCGAGCCAACCGAGCUGUGGCCAUCUUAUGUAACCAUCAACGUGCUAUACCGAAAUCGCACGAAAAAUCGAUGGGUAACUUGAAACAGAAAAUCGAGACCAAGAAAGAACAGGUGGCCGAAGCGCAGAAACAGUAUAAAGAAGCGAAACGCGAUGCUAAAGAUGGAUCUGCUCAUAGUAAAAUGGCUUUGGAGAAGAAGAAGAAAGCGUUGGAAAGAUUGAAAGAGCAGCUGAUGAAAUUAGAAGUGCAAGAGACAGACAGAGAAGAAAAUAAAACAAUCGCGUUGGGUACUUCGAAGUUGAACUAUUUAGAUCCCAGGAUAUCGGUGGCCUGGUGUAAGAAAUACGACGUACCCAUUGAAAAAGUUUACAAUAAGACCCAACGAUCAAAAUUCCGAUGGGCUAUAGAUAUGGCUGGGCCAGAUUUCGUGUUUUAAUUUCGUCCAACUUAUUAUCACACUGAUCUAAAUUAUUCCAUUGAGCGACACUACCAUCGCUCUCUUCGUUAUCGUUCAUUUCCUUCCGUUUUGAAUUCUUCGAACAUUUAUUUAUUCUUUUUUUUUAUGUUGAAAAUUUUUAAUUUCCUCGUAUUUCUUUAUUUCUCAUCAUUUUCUCGUAUUUUUAUUUCGGAAAUGAAAAAAAAAAAAAAAAAAGGAAACUGAUUUUAUGAUCAUUAUAUCGAUGCAUACGUAUCUCGUAUAUUUAUACAUACUUUUUUGUGAAUUAUUUAAAGAAAAAAUGUAGUUGCGAAUAUGGUGACAGUCGCUAUUUCAUUGUAAUUUUUCCUUUUUUCUCUUUUUAUUAUUAGAUAGGUAUUUUUUUUAUAAGGCUUUCGAAGUCUUUCGAAAACAACAAAAAAAAACAUAGCACUUUGUUCUUCUUGGGCGAAGGUUGCUUUUUAUUUGUAAAAUUUGUUUGUAAAUUGUCGCUUUACAUUAUUACGUGUUAUUGUUUAUCUUUCUUAGUUUUUUUUUGAAACGCGCGCACCAAACGAUUCGAGGUGUUUUUUUUUUUUUCAAAAGCGAAGUCCGAACAAGAAGGUAUUUUAUCGACUAGACAGCCUAGUAAAAUAAUUAACGGAAGCCCAGUUGUGAGCAAUCAGACGAGUAUUUUAGGAUUUUGUAUAUAUACUUAAGGUUUAAGUUUUAGCUUGUUUUUUUCUGCGCUAUAUUUUGUAGGUCGAGAUCGCAAGGUUUAAUUUAUUAUUUUCCCCUCUCUCUUUUCAUUACUCUUUACUUAUAUAUACUUUCUCUUUUUUUUUGUAUCUGUAUUUUUAAUUUAAUUUUAACGAUUGCAAAUUUAAGUGAAAAAUUUUCCGGCGUGUAGGGAGAUCCUAUCACCCACUGACGACUUAUUGUUGUGUUAUUAAAACUUAUGUAGUAUUAUUAACUGUGUGAUAUAUCGAAUUUUCUAAACGAAAACAGAUUUUGUGAAAGAGCGAUUUUUAUUUGUAUGUAUGUAUGAAUGUAUGUACUAUCUACUCGUACAUUUGAAUAUUACUCAAGUUGUGUGUGUAUGUGUGUUUGAUUGAAUUGUAAGCUGGUGAUCUUCGAGAUAUAUAGGAGAUUCAAGCAAGUAUUGUAAGAAUGGAUUAUUCGUUUUCCUUUUUUUUUCUUUUUUUUCUAAGAUUCAUCGUUCGAGUGUGUAUAAUAAUAGCUCGAAAAUGUAUCAUUGUGGAGGUAGUAACGUUUUUUUUUAGGUAAUUUGCAAAACCAUCUGGAAGGUUUUGUGAUACGAAAUCGACGUGUGAUGUUGAUUUGUGUUACACGACGCGUAGUUUCUACAGAGGUAAAUAAAUCGUUAGGUUUACGAGUAAUUUAAACCAUUUUUGAUCGUGUUUGUAUAUUUUUUUAGUUAAAUUUGCUACACACCACGUAUUUAAAUAUAUGUAUUUAUAAAU